AGUGGAUCCAAAAGACAAUGCCCAAAUGACUCACCUUGUCGACCCGAACGGAAUAUCUCUGCUCCUUUGAGAUCUCUCAUCAGCUUGCAUUUCAAGAUCGUUUUUGGCAACUCUCAAAAAUGCCCAAUUCAUCUUCUUUAUUGCUACUUUUAUCUGGCAAUCUCUUUCUCCAAGCUGCUCUUGCUCUCUCCCUCACUCUCCUUCUUCACUUCAUCAAGAUCCCUGCAUUUCUCCUCUCCGGCCUCUUCACUUAUGUCCACCCAGAUGAUGUUACUCCCAACAAUGCAUCUUCAAAUGGGAUUCGGGCAGCAAUUCGUAGGCCAGGUACUAAUGAUUCUGAGCUCAAACCCAGAAAGAAAUCCAAGGAAAGAUUUGAGUUUGAUGAAAAUAAAGCUCAGAUCUUUAGGCUAAAGCUUAGUGAUGGUCACCUUCAGACAAGGAUUUAUUUCGAGGAUUUUUGUCGUGUUUUCAAUUCCAUCCUUGUUUCUCUUUCUUGUUUGUUGCUUCAUCGAUUCUUGCCGAAAUCUGAAGAGUCUGGGGUGUUAAAGAACGGUUCUUUUAUUCCGAUUUUGUUUGGAUUUUUGGGUGUUGGUAGAAUUUUCGUUUUGAUUUUUAGGAUUUCCUUUGAAAGAUCUGCAUCUAAGCUAUCUGAGAAGCAUUUGAGUGUUCUUUUGGGUUUUCUUGGUUUUAUUGUGUCGCUUGCUAUUGUACAUGGGGCAGUUCCUAAAUGGGUUUUUGAUGUUCACUUUGAAGCAAUACAUGGGUUUGAAAAGUUGUUUAUUGCAAUUUUCAUGGGCUGCAUUUCAUGUUUUUUGUAUAUGCCAGCUGUGAGAAUUGCUCAUGCUUUUUGGCUUGGAACUGAUCAGCUUCGCUGUAAUUUGCCUAUUAUAUCUUGUGGAUGGUUUGCGCGAUUGGUUCUUCAUGCUAAUUAUUUGAUCAUGGGUUUGACCUCAAUGCUUUGGGUAAAACCGUUUGCUGACUUACUACUUAUUGACUUACUACUUAUUGAUCAAAAUAAGGGGUCUUAUCAAAAUGCAAGAAUUGAACAUGUUACAGAGUUGGUUGGAAAUGUGGGUAUGCAUAAGUCGGAAUUCAGUAGCUUUAGGCUCUGGUGUUUGUUGAUUUCGGGCCUAUUGCAGAUUGUAUCUUUGCGUUCAAACGUGCAGAUGUACUUAAACGAAGCAGUAUUGUGUUGGUACCAGAGACUACACGCUAGCAAAGUUCCUGACUUAGCUUAUAGUAGGGCUAAGGUGUUCCUGCACAAUCACUUUGUAUGCCUUGUGGUUCUCCAAUUUUUCUUGCCUGCAUCAAUGGUACUUCUCUUCCUUGGCUUGUCUCAACUUGGUGACGAUUUGCUUACAAAUUACGAAGGGGUUUGUAGCUUAUUGCCUUGUUCUUUGCUAGACAAAGAGGUGGCUUUGUUUAUGGCCUGGUGGGUUCUCUUUGUUUGGACAAUAUAUACUUCAGUCACUCUUGCUCUAUUUAGACAGGGAAUCUUGUUCGUUUAUUGAUCUGUUUUGACGCGACUCACAUUAGGCAGAUGAGGUCUCUGAUUUUAUGAGCUUUUCCACAAUUGUGCCACAAUGUAACAAUACAACCCUUCAACUGUUUUUUGUUUCCCUCAAAAUAUAUCCUUCCACUAAGAGUUUCAAUUUUGUGAUAGACUUCUGAAAUUUUUAUAGAAUGUUUUGUGAUAGACUUCGAAUUUUUUAUAGAAUAUUAUAUUAUUUUCUUCUCUCUUUUUUUGCCUUAUGAUGUCUGAAAAGAGCACAUUAUGUAAUUUUUAUGCUAGACAGCUUAAUUAGUAUUUGAAGUGCUUUAUUUUUUAUGACAAAUUAAUAGAUUGUAUGCCAUGUUCCUAGCUCAAGGCUCUAGAACUCUCAUUUAUGCAUUCUUUAUUAUCUUGUUAUAAAAAAAAACUCAAGGCUCAAGAACUCACUAGCUAAGGAUGAAACAAAAUGGUCAAAUUUAAGAAUUCUGUGGUAACAGUUUGAACUAUGGCAUGAUAUUUCACUUAGAAUUUGUGACUUUGCCUUGACAUAUUCAUGCUUUAUGUACAUGUACUUUUAGUUCUGUGUCAAUCAACAAGAAUGUCCUGCAUGAUCAAAGGCGUUAAUGAUAAUUUAUAUUUUGCAGAGCAUGAUUCAUUUGUAUAUUGUAGAAUAUGAAAAGCAGGCUUGUUCCGUGUGUAUAGGUUCCAUUGGUCAUUUCAUGCAAAUAUGCAGAACAGUUAGUGUGGCACCAUGGCCUGGGUAAUUUGGUAGUAAAUUAUUACCUUUCUAGUCAAUGUUGCUUUGUGAAUUCCAGACAGAUUUUUCUGGAGCAGGAAAAGAAUUAUUUGAAUCUGGCUUUGCCUUGUGGGAUAGUGACUGUAUGGUUAUGCGGAACUAAAUUAUUAAAUAUUGAACAUUUACGUUGCUUUGUUAAACUUCAGAUGAAGUUGCUCCCAUCACUGAAGUAAUCUUCUGACUCACAUUGCAUAUGACUCCUGUAAAGGCAAAGCUAACACUUAAGAAUCUAAUUCAAUUAAAAGAUGCACAGUGGUACCAAUUUCAAAAUUAGUAAAAAUGAAAUAGUUCAUUACUUCAUUUGGAUGUGUUUUGUUAUGGUUGCGAAGUUAACACUAUUUCAUAAUCUUGAUAUUAGACAGUUGGAUCUCUUUCGCAGAUGAUUGUAGCUCUGAAAAAUUCAAUUGAAGGUACUAUUGCUAUCUGUUAGAAGUAGAAUUUGUUUCAAGAAGUUUGUGCGAAGUGGCAGUUUGGGUAUGGUUUUAUGUUGAGUUAUUCAAGUAUGUUGUGUGCAACAUUAUAGGAGACAAGGAUUAAAAAAAAAUAUUGCUUCUUGAUUUUAAAAAGCAGAUAUUGCUUAACGGUAGUUUUUACUGGCGCUGAAAGAACAAAGAUAAGGAGAUGGCAAGUCUUUGUCCUGUUAUCAGUUUAUUUUUAGAAGACCAACUUAAUCAUGUAGUAGGAAAUCAUCAAUUUCAGCUUACCCACCUUAUUCUCGUAGCUUUAAAUGAAACUGUGACCACACUACCAAAAACAAAUAGCUAUGCCUCAGACUCAAAAGUUGGGGUCGGCUAUAUGAAUCCUCACCGUUCCAGAUCAACUCAUGUCAUCAAAACUGUGACCACACUAUAUUUCUUGAAUUUUAGAUAGUGUUGGUGAGCUGUUCAUAGUUUGUAUGUUAUCAGCAGUAGUGUUUUGCUGGCUAUGCCAGAUUCUCACGUUAGUGUAGAUAUUGAUCCUCCUUCACUUGCUAUGAGAUCUAUCCUUGUCUCGACACAUUAAAAUCAUGUUUAAGAAAAGAAUUCUGAUUUCAUUCCUAUGGUGCAAUCUAUAUAAUCUUAAUUGUCUAGUUUGUGUUAUUGCUGGCAGACAAAUUCACUAGAUUAUCUGUCCCCAUUUAUUUGCCUUAGGAAACUCUGGAUAUCAGAGGAUAGAUAAAAUAGGAGCUUCAUAUACAUUACUGAUGAAACAGAAAUAUGAACAAAUACACAUAAUUUUAACAGAGUGGAUGUAUUGAUGCCAGGAAGUUGCAGGCUUUCUAUGUUCAGAAAAGCGUUUUCCUAAUAUUUUAAAAUGUGUUGUGGUCAUUCCUUGUUUUCUUUUCCCCUUUACCCUUUAGUGCAAUGGGAAUGCUAGCUUACUCAAUUUUAAUGACAUCCUAUUAGUCUCUUUUCCUUUUAAUUUUUGAUUUUAGUUGCUUGUGAUGUGUUAGUCAUGCCAUGUGUCGACCUCCAAAUGCACCAGUCCUUUGUGAAAGAUAGGAUACAGAGGAAGAAAAGAUCUAUAUACCUAUUAGUUGAUAAUAUGCAUUAAACAGUUUAGAGUUUUUACAGUAGGUCCAAUGCUUUCUAGGAGUUAUUUAACCUUGAAGAUAUUUAUACAUUUAGAAAAUACAGAAAACUUCUAAUACUUUUUAUUUGUAUCUGCAUAGUUUUGCAUGAGAUGGAUAAAUAGGAGUAACUUGGUCAAUCUUGAUUCAUUUAGCUCAACCCAACUUGUUUGGGAGAAAAGCAUAGUAGUUGUAAUUUCUGAAAAGUCCAAUGAAACGGGUUAAGCUCGCUCUUGAGGUUAGAAUCUGUUCAUUCAGUUGCUAGUUUGGUAUUAGUAUAAGUUCAUUCAUCCGAUAUCAUCCAGACAAUAUGUGAUCCUACCUUCACUGGUGGAGAAUAAGAGAACAUUACACAAUUUUGAACCUCAAAGGUACUUUUGUAAUCUAUUAGAAAUAGAGUUUGCUUGCAGGAAGGGGGGUCUGAGUAUGAUUAUAUGUUGGCUUUUGGUAAUUCAAGUAUGGUCUGUGCAACAUUGUAGUAGACAAGUGAUACAGUCAUAUUAAUGUUUCUUUAUUCAUUAGAAUUUCAUAAUUAUUAAAAAACUAUUAGGUAUUUGCUUAAAGCUAGUUAUUACUGGCGCUCGCAAGAUGUUAUUUUGGUGCAGCUCAAGAACAAGGAUAAGAAUUGGAAAGUCUCGUAUCUGUUAUCCAUCCAUCAAAUUCUAAAGGCUACGUCAGUUUAUGACAAAUGAAGUUUUGCAAUGUUCAAUAUUUGGGCUAGAGGCAAUGUAGCAGGAAAUUUAAGUUCAUGUGUUUUGCUGGCUGGUUAUGCAAGAACAAAAUUUGAUACAGUAGAUAUCCAUCCUGCUUCAGUUGCUAUUAGAUCAAAAAUUGUCUUGACAUAUUUAAUUUUUGUCAGAGACGCGCAAAAAUUCAAGUGAGACACCAUGUCGAUUUCUGUUACUAUCUAUUGUCUCUUGUACUUCGAUUAUCACACUAUUUUGGUGCAGUUACUGUUUCUUUUUUCAGAA